UGCAUCGACCGUGAUGCAUUUUAAUAUUUAAACUGUGAUAUAUAAAUCACAUUUUACUAGUAAGACAGUUGAAGGGUUCAAUAAGAUGCAAAGUAACGCCAGCAGAAAUACAGAUCCGAGAAGCAGUGUCAGUUCUGGUGGUGAAAGAAAACAAGUCCGCAAAGUUCAUGCCAGAAAGAUUCCUUACAGAGUUGGAUACAGCUGGAACAAAGGUGGAAGACUCAAGGAGCUGAGAAUAAGGCACUUGGCAAGGAAGUUCCUGAAGAUAUGGAUGCAGAACACCUUUGGCCGAAUUCUUCCUCAUAAAGCCAAGUCCCACUGUAACAGCGUUGUUUUACGACGGGCCUUUGAAGGAUGGCGAGACGAGUGGUGGACAUCCAGGAGGGAGUGGAGUCUUUCAAUGCGGGCAGAGUGUCACUACAGGUAUUAUCUGUAUAACUUGGCAUUCCAUAGCUGGCGGACAUUUAUCUCGUUGCGGAGGGAAAAGAAGAGCAAAGUCCAAAAUGCUCAAUCUUUUGCUGAGAGGCAACGGAUGCGUCUGGUUUGGGAACGAUGGGUCGUUUUCACAGAAAUGAGGCGAAUGGAGAACAAGACGCUUGAAUCUGCCCUUGAGCAGAACAGACUCGCAACCCUGCAUUCAGUGUGGAGCUUGUGGCGGACUCGGCUGCAGCGGCAUCAAGACCUUCACACUUUAGAGGCUCAAGCCCUGAAACAGAGGGCGCUAACUUUACAGAGCAGGACUUGGCUUCGGUGGAAAGAAAUGCACACAGCUGCUUGUUGCCGGAAAGAUGAAGAAUCCAAAGCUGCACUUCACUUCAUCCUCAGACUGAAAAGAGACACAUUACAUCGUUGGAAAUGUUAUGUGUCUUCUCUUCAAACCAAGAAAACAUCACAAGCUAUGGCUCAGCGUGCCUGCGAUCUCCGCCUGCUGAUGACAUGUUGGAGUAAAUGGAGCAGUGCGUUGCAUCGUAAACAGAGCGAGGAGGACCGUUUGCGAGCCGCAGGGCAUUUGGCCACACGGAGCAUCCAGCGCAGAGCAAUGGAGCGCUGGAAAGCUUAUGUGUCGAUGUGCAGAGAAGAGGAUGAAAUAAACAGAAUUGCAAGACAACAUCAUCAUCAUCAUCUAGUGCGUGCCGGACUGCAGGGACUUUCUCUCAACGUCUUCAGGAACAAAACACACCGACUGAACAACAACAUGGCGGUCCAGCAUCAUCAUCAAACUAUGAUAUGUAAGUAUUGGAAGCUGUGGCAAGACCGUCUGGAGGAGGCUGAAGAUGAGAGUUUUCAACCCCUAACAAAAAUGGCGCUGACGAACCACAGCACGUCACUGUUGAGCAGCUGUUUUCACCACUGGAGAGAGAAACUUGCUGAACAGAGACACAUGCAGGAACUGGAGCACCGUGCAGACAUCUGGUUUGCCGAACGCAUGUUGCCUCUUUGUUUAGACUCGUGGGUUGAGUUUACUCUGCAGAGAAGACUCCACAAACAGAGGAGACAUCAGGCAGAAGUCUAUAACCAGCAGCGUCAGUACAUGUUGGUGUUUUACACCUGGUGGGGACAAUCGGAGAAACACAAGGAGCAGAGGCUUUCUGAGCGGAUGGCAAUUCUACACGAGGAGCGCUGCCACCUGCAGAGAGCCUGGACCCGCUGGAAGCUGCGGACAGAUCAGCAGAUCGAUGAAGAGCAGAAACAGAAAGCUUCAGAGCGUCUGUACCAGCUCAGACUUCUCCACAAGACGAUGACAAAGCUGAAGGACAACAGCACGGAGACGCGAGACAGGAGAAAUCGAGAGCAGCGGGCUUGUCAUCAGGGUGACCUGCGCUGCAUGAGGUGGGCUGUGGAAAAAUGGAAACAGUUUGUUCAGAGCCAGAGAGUAAAAAACAACAGACUGAAGCUGAUGCAACGUUACUAUGAAGUUAAACUUCUCAAACGCACGUUUGUGGCCUGGAAGAAACACCUCCUGCAGAUGGGUCAGAUCUACGGUCAUGCAGAGCAACUUUACAGGCACCAAAAACAGACCUCUCUCAGGACGGCUCUGUGUGUUUGGAGGGAGAACGCCGUGCUGCUGACGGAGGUCAGACUCAGAGAGCAACGAGCACUAAAUCACUUUCAGCAUUUCCUUCAACUUAAGGUGUUUGUUGCCUGGAGAAAAGUAACAACACGUGCAGUGUCAAAGCGCCACCAGCAGGGGGAAGCCGUCAUCAAGGCUCAGAGGUCAAUAAAUCAAGUGCGGCUGCUGCGGUCUUUCAGACAAUGGAGGGUACAGACCAGGGAGGCUCGGAGACAGAGGCUAUGCAUGGAAAAAGCCAGGAGGUGCCAUGACUCCAAACUCCUUUCCAAAGCACUAAAAGCCUGGAAUAACCAUCGCAACCAACAUCAGAAAAAUAAGGUAAUGAAACGACAGGGAAUCCUUUUGCUGAGACUAAAGAUGUACCAGACGUACUUUGACCAGUGGAAAAUAAAGCUGCAACACAGACAGAGAGAAGCUAAGCAGAUGGAGCGAGCACUCUGGCACUGGUCCCUCUCUCUUCAGGCCAAGGUGUUGUAUGGAUGGAGGCGGGAGGUGACGGAGCAGCGUAGAAAACAAGAGCAGGCGGCCAGAGCUGCAGAGGUGUACAGAGACCAGCUGCUGAGGGAGGGCGUGAAGUGCAUCCUCACAUACGCUGCUCACAUGAACGAUCUCACAACGAGCCUAACGCAGCACAGCCAAGAGCAGAGGUCACGACGUCUGAAGACGGUGGUGAAGCGCUGUGCGAUGCGGUGGAAGCAGCGGGCGCUGUGUAAACCACAGAGAGAGCAAGAGGUCAAAGGUCAACCAUCGAAGAAGAGCGUGACCUUCUGUUUGACUACACCUGGAUCGAAGAGUGUUGCAUCGUCUGACUCAGAGGAGCAGGAAGCUGAAGAUGGUGUGCUUAGCAAGCUAAGACCACUCAGCCGUGCGCCUCGACGUCAGCCACGACGCUGCGAGGAACUGUUUGAGUUUCCAAUGAAAAUAAACACCCGAAAGCAGACUGCCGUCACCGGCGCUGAAUCAGCUCCGAAACCUUCAGAGGAAGGCCAUCACACAGCGUCGUCCUGCCUCCAUCCCGUCCCUGUUGCCUCCACAUGUCAGAGCAUCAUCAUAUCUAAUGUGUCAACCUGGGAACCUCAGGAAACCCAAAACCAAGAUGUUCUUCUGCCCCCCUCUGCUUUCAUGACCACUGGGGCCGAAGAUACGUUGGUGGAGACUAUCAGCUCAGGUUUUGGGGAUGCUCCUCUUCAUCAGUUUGUCUUUAAACCACACUCGUUGGCUGAUUCAGACGUACGUCUGAGAGCAUCAAGCGGAGAAACUGUAGAAGACGCAGCAGCAGAUCCGACUUUAGCUCUGACCGGAGAGAUGCUCCGCAUUCAGCUGGACAUGAUGACAUACCAGCAGGACAGGAAGCAGCUCCGGGCAUGGCUAAAACUAAAAGAGGUGUUACAAAGUUGGCUACAGACCAGUGGAAAGGACGAACACAUGGAAAACAAUGCAGUUUGUCAAGAGUUGAAGGAGUUGGAGGAGCGCAUCGACAGACUGUCCACUGAUCUGGCAAAACGGAAACCAACAAUGCUGCUACAUGCAGAGAGGAUCCAGCGUUUGCAGUCUGCCCUUCAGGCUUCGGGAGUUUCUUUUCUGCAUCGGAAAACAGAAGAGAUGGAAAGACUUCGCUCCGUGUUUACAACAUGACAAGAGAUAAUGCCUCGCCCACAAAAGGGACUAAACCUGCUGAUUGUUUGGACUGUUGUUUAUCUACUUAGAUCACAUUUCUUAAAAUAGCUCAAAGACUGACACGAGAAUUGAAUGAGAAAACUGUUCACCAGUUACAGAUACAUGACUGAGAUUGAACAUUUACACUUGCGCUGCACUAUGAGGAGAAAACGGAUAUCUUAAAGUCCACAUGUUGCUUUUUAUUGCUGUUGAAUAUCAUGCAAACUGUUAUAAAAUUGACUGAAAACAUCCAAAAACAUUAAAGCCAAGUUCCUUACAGCAGCUUUCACUGCUACCUCUGCACGUAAAAUCUGCUGAAAAAAUUGGAUAGGGGUCGUCCUUGUGACAGAUGGUGCUAAUUAUCUUCCAUAUGUGUGCAAAUAGUCACUUUACAGUUUUCAGAGGAGCUGCCCUUGCACAAUAGGUCUUCUAUUUAUCCGUUAGCACCAGUGCCCGUAAUACUUUGUGAAAUCUAUGCAGGAGUUUCAGGGGUUUCAGACCAACAGAAAGGACAGCUGUCUUCAUAAAACAGGCUACAUAAAACAGAUUUGUCCGAAUCUGCGAUCUGCAUCAGGGCAGAAUGCGAGGACUUUAUGCCAUUUUAGUCUUUUUCAUCUUUGUCUGCUGCAUCAGAGGUUAGUUAUGUUACUGAACAACUUUAUUUACUUUCAUUGUUAAGUUAGUUUAUGUUUAUAUUCAGUGUCAUUGUGUUGUUGAGUGUUCAAAGUCUUUUUUUAUGCUUUUGUAAAUGUUGGCUUUUGGUUGUUGUUGGCAAGAUUGCUGCCGUCUUUCUGGAGUUUUAUGUGGACGUUAUUAAAACUGAUUUAA